GUCACUCUGUAGUGUGGCUGUAACGCUGGGCCUCAGGUGAAGUGUCUUCAGCAGCGCGCCACCGCCGUCUGCUGAUCACAGAGAGAGGGAGGCGGCAGCUAGGAUCACGGACAGUACGCGGCGCUGACUGAGGCCUAGUACUGACGGAGCCAUGGGCAGGGAGUCACGGCAUUACCGUAAACGGUCAUCAUCGCGUGGCCGAUCCGGCAGCAAGUCAAAAAGUCGCUCGCCAGCUGACAAGAGAGUUAAGCGGGUAGAAGAGCGCCGAUCCAGGAGCCACGAGCGAGAACGCAGAAGGGAGAGAUCGCGCAGCAGGGAUCGUAGAAGAUCGCGGUCCAGAGAGCGAAAGCGCCCACUCCGCCGACCAAGCCGAGAGAGGGAGCGUAGCAGGGAGCGGAGACGAUCCCGCAGUCGUGAGCGACGACGAUCAAGAAGCAAAAGCCGCACGAGACGUUCCCGCUCCGGCAGCCCUAGCAAAGCUAAAAAGGGAGAAAUAAGAUCAAAAUCUAAGGAGAAAACUGAUGUUUCAGAGGCUGCUAAGGAAAAGAAAAAGGAUGACAAGGAAGAAGACAAAGAGAAGGAUGUCAGUAAUUUUGACCAGAACAAACUUGAGGAAGAAAUGCGCAAACGCAAAGAAAGGGUUGAAAAAUGGCGGGAAGAACAGCGUAAACGGGUUGUGGAAAGCAUCGGAGAGCUGAAGAAGGAAAUUGAAGAAAUGAGACAAGGGAAAAAGUGGAGUUUAGAAGACGAUGAUGAUGAUGAAGAGGAGGCACCUCCAGAAGAGAUGGAAACGCAGGCGGUGGAGGAGGAGGAGAGCGAGGAGCUGGAUUCCCUAGACGCCUACAUGGAAGAAGUCAAGGAAGAAGUCAAGAAGUUUAACAUGGGCAGCGUCAAAGGCGGAAGUGAAAAGAAAUCUGGACCAUCCUUUACAAAGGUACUAACCGUGAUGACCACCAAAAAGAUGGCUGGAGAGACCACAAAGAAAAAAGGAGAGCUUAUGGAAAAUGAUCAAGAUGCCAUGGAGUAUUCUUCAGAAGAGGAGGAGGUGGAUCUUCAGACUGCCCUGACCGGCUUUCAGACUAAGCAGCGCAAACUGCUGGAGCCAGUGGAUCACGGCAAGAUUGAAUAUGAGCCAUACAGGAAAAACUUUUACGUGGAAGUUCCAGAGUUGGCCAAAAUGACUCCGGAAGAUGUCAGUUCGUACAGACUUGAAUUGGAGGGCAUUACAGUGAAGGGUAAAAAUUGCCCUAAGCCAAUCAAGACCUGGGUGCAGUGCGGCAUAUCCAUGAAGAUUUUGACUUCGCUCAAAAAGCAUUCAUAUGAAAAACCAACCCCAAUCCAGACACAAGCCAUUCCUGCAGUCAUGUCUGGCCGUGACCUGAUUGGCAUCGCCAAAACUGGAAGUGGAAAGACCAUCGCCUUUCUCCUGCCUAUGUUUCGCCACAUCAUGGACCAGAGAACCCUGGAAGAAGGAGAAGGCCCAAUAUCUGUCAUAAUGACCCCAACCAGAGAGCUGGCUUUGCAAAUAACAAAAGAGUGCAAGAAAUUCUCAAAAACGCUGGGACUGAGGGUGGUCUGCGUCUAUGGUGGAACUGGCAUCAGUGAGCAGAUUGCUGAACUAAAACGAGGUGCAGAGAUAAUAGUUUGCACUCCGGGUCGCAUGAUCGAUAUGUUAGCUGCAAACAAUGGUCGAGUAACAAACCUACGACGGGCUACAUACGUUGUACUGGAUGAGGCCGACAGGAUGUUUGACAUGGGUUUCGAGCCACAGGUCAUGAGAAUCAUAGACAACGUUCGGCCAGAUCGACAGACUGUUAUGUUCUCCGCCACGUUCCCAAGAGCCAUGGAAGCUUUAGCACGGAGAAUAUUGAAUAAACCCAUAGAGGUCCAAGUUGGAGGCAGAAGUGUUGUGUGCUCUGAUGUGGAACAACAUGUGAUUGUAAUAGAUGAAGACAAGAAGUUUCUUAAAUUGCUGGAGCUUUUGGGACAUUAUCAGGAGUCGGGUUCCGUCAUUGUAUUUGUCGACAAACAGGAGCAUGCAGAUGGAUUGCUGAAAGACUUAAUGAGAGCGUCGUACCCCUGCCUGUCACUUCAUGGAGGCAUUGAUCAAUAUGACAGGGACAGCAUCAUCAAUGACUUCAAAAAUGGCGUGUGCAAAUUGCUGGUGGCGACCUCCGUGGCAGCCCGUGGGUUGGAUGUAAAGCACUUAAUCUUGGUGAUUAAUUAUUCAUGCCCAAAUCAUUAUGAGGAUUAUGUGCACAGAGCGGGGCGAACGGGCCGGGCUGGUAACAAGGGAUAUGCUUUUACAUUCAUCACACAGGAUCAGGCUCGUUAUGCUGGAGACAUCAUUAAGGCGUUGGAGCUUUCGACCAAUGCCGUCCCUCCUGAGUUGGAGAAACUGUGGUCUGAGUUUAAGGACCAGCAAAAAGCUGAAGGAAAAAUCAUUAAGAAGACCAGUGGGUUCUCGGGUAAAGGAUUCAAGUUUGAUGAAACGGAGCAAGCGUUGGCAAAUGAGCGUAAAAAGCUGCAGAAAGCGGCUCUGGGUCUCCAGGAUUCAGACGACGAAGACACCGCCCUCGAUAUUGAUGAGCAGAUCGAGAGCAUGUUCAAUUCGAAGAAGAGAGUGAAGGACAUGGCUGGGCCUGGUGUACCCGGCGGAGCACCGGGGUCUGCUGGAGCAGCUGGUGGUACCGGAGCAGCGGCUUCUGCAGCUAAUGCUCCCCCACCGACGGCUGGAAAUGCAGAGAAGCUGGAGAUGGCUAAACGCUUGGCCAAGAAGCUCAGCGUGAACAAAAACCUGGGCGCAGAAGCACAGGAUGUGAUGCAGCAGGCCACCCAUGCUGUCCUCAGGGGAGGAACAAUAUUAGCCCCCACAGUAUCCGCAAAAACGAUCGCAGAGCAGCUGGCCGAAAAGAUUAAUGCUAAACUCAACUACGUCCCCGUUGAGAAACUAGAGGAGGAGAAGCAGGAUGCAGGAACGAACGAGUCCUUCAAGAGAUAUGAAGAGGAGUUGGAAAUCAAUGACUUCCCUCAGACGGCAAGGUGGAAGGUAACUUCGAAAGAAGCGCUCCAGAGGAUCAGUGAAUAUUCUGAGGCUGCUAUUACCAUUAGGGGAACCUAUUUCCCACCCGGCAAAGACCCCAAGGAAGGAGAGCGAAAGAUUUAUUUGGCCAUUGAAAGUGCCAGUGAAUUGGCUGUGCAGAAAGCAAAGGCGGAGAUUACCCGUCUUAUCAAGGAAGAGCUUAUCAGACUGCAAAACUCGUACCAACCGACCAACAAAGGACGAUACAAAGUGCUCUAGUUCUGGGCGCGUGGCUGGCACGGUCUGCUCUUGUGAUCUUUUUUCGUUCCCAUCUUAUGUUGUAAAUGAAGCACUUUUUUUAUUUUUAAACUUUGCCUCCAUUUUAAAUUAAAUCCCGUAAAAAAUAAGGGAGGAAAUUAAACUUUUUUCCUUUUUUUUUUUUUUUUUUUAAAGAUAUUAUGUAAGACCGUAGGAACGUUUGUAUAGAUUCCAACAUCCUAAAAUAAAAUUGUUUUUAAAUUUCA